AUGCCGACAUGCAAGUAUGACGGUAAGACUGACCCAGAGGAUCACCUAUCGGCUUAUGAGGGUCAUAUGAUGUUGUACACCGAUACUGACUCAGUAUGGUGUAAGGUGUUCCCAUCCACCUUAACCGGACUAGGGCAGACCUGGUUUAAAAGCAUUCCGCCGGCAACUGUGUUUGACUUCCGACAACUCACAUCCAUGUUCGUGACACACUUUGUCAGCAAUAAGCGUCGUGAACGAACAACCGGCGAGUUAAUGUCUAUUAAACAAGGGGAGACUGAAAGCUUGAGGGAUUAUGUCGGGCGUUUCAAUGCCGAAGCCGUCACCAUCCCGACACUGCAGCAGGAAGUAGCGGUACUGGCCCUAAUUACGGGGUUGAAAGAAGGUACCUCAUUUCGCAGUAUUCUCGGCAGAAAAAAGAUGACAUGCCUAACAGAAGUCCUGGGAAAGGCUAAUGACUUCAUCAGGGGGGAAGAGUUUGACAAGGCAGCUAACGCAAAAAGGCCAGUGGCUAUAGAAAAAGAUAAAGAGAAAGACAAAGACAAGGAUCGCCGGGAUGACAAAUACCGGAAGGACAAAAAAUCCGAGUCAACCGGCAGGAAAGAGGAAAGCAACUCUGUGAAAAAGGGGUUCGAAGGGAGGCCAGACAAAUACAACAAUUAUACUCCGCUAACAAUAUCCCGGGCCCGGAUCUUUGAACUGCAUAGUAAGGACGAUAAGUGGCAAAGGCCGUGA